AUGUCGAUAACAAAUAUUGCUGAGCAGACUGCUGCGCCAGUUGUUAGUGAAGCACCAACAGUUAUAGAACGAUGGGAGCGAGAUUUUUCACAGACGAAAACUGAGGGUGUCACAUAUGAUUACAUUAUUGUUGGUUCUGGCUCAGCAGGUGCUGUCAUGGCUAAUCGUCUGUCGGAACAACGUGAUAAACGUGUUCUUCUAGUUGAAGCCGGAUUUGUCGAUACACACAGCAACAUAGAUAUACCAGCUGCUUGGUGA